AUGGCUGAUCACUUUAGUCAGGUCGUUGAGACCAAGGAAGACCUAUACUCUCUCCCAACAUCCACAAUGGCGAGCGCAAACGGAACAGCAUUCAAUCUAGGAUCUAAUGGUGUUACUUCAUCCCCUCCGGAAGUCGAAGUAGAAGAUUACCCUGAGCCGACAUUAGAAGAGAAGGGGGCUUUACGGCAUGUAGCGGAGAAUCUACCACUUUCAGCCUGGCUUGUGGCUAUUGUCGAGCUGUGCGAACGUUUCUCGUAUUAUGGUUGCCAAGGGUUGUUCCAGAAUUUCAUACAGAGACCAUAUAAUGGGCGAGAAGGACCCGGUGCUUUGGGAUUAGGGCAGCAUGGCGCCACCGGUCUGGGGACAUUCUUCCAAUUUUGGUGUUACGUAACCCCAAUCUUCGGAGCUGUUGUUGCGGAUCAAUACCUCGGAAAGUACAGAACAAUUGUUUAUUUCUGCAUGGUUUACAUUCUCGGCUUGGUCGUCCUCUUCGUUACUUCUCUCCCAUUUAGCCUCCAAGCAGGUGGUGGCUUAGGAGGGUUUAUCUGCGCCAUCAUUCUUAUCGGUCUCGGGACAGGUGGGAUCAAAGCCAAUGUCAGUCCGCUGAUUGCAGAGCAAUACACCAGGAAGAAAAUGGCUGUGAAGACUCUCCCAUCCGGCGAAAGAGUUAUUCUGGACCCAGCGUUGACAAUCCAAAGAAUUUACAUGGUCUUCUACUUGUCAGUAAACGUCGGUUCAUUAUCAGUUCUAGCGACACCCUAUAUGGAGUACAAGCUUUCAUGGUCUUUCUCAAGCGCAUAUCUGCUAUGUCUUUGUAUGUUCUUCGUUGGGUUUGUUAUUCUUAUUCUGGGAAGGAAGAAGUAUGUGGAUCGGCCACCAAAGGGGUCUAUCGUUACGGAUGCUUUCAAGGCUCUCUGGAUUAUGGCUAGGAACCGAGACACGAAUGCACCAAAGCCCUCCGUACAGGCUAGCAAAGAAGGUGGUUUGACGAAUCUACCAUGGAACGACCACUUCAUUGAGGAGUUGAAGCGAGCUUUGGUUGCGUGCAAGGUUUUCGCGGUAUUCCCGAUUUUCUGGGUAGUAUACAAUCAGUUCUCGACAAACUUUAUCUCUCAGGCUGGCCAAAUGGACACCCAUGGCAUCCCCAACGAUCUUAUGCAAAAUUUCGACCCUAUCGCCAUCAUCAUCUUUGUUCCUAUCCUUGACCGGGUUGUUUAUCCGCUCCUUCAAAGGGCCCGUAUCCGAUUCCCACCAAUCAAUCGCAUAACCGUGGGGUUUACCAUCGCUUCUUUUGCAAUGGCCUACGCCGCUAUCGUCCAGCAUCUGAUAUACUCAGCUGGCCCCUGUUACAGUUCCCCACUCUGCCCAGCAUCCGAAGUUAACGGCGUGGCCCAAGGCAACAAGGUUCAUAUCGCAGUCCAAGCACCAGCAUAUGUCCUUAUUGGUAUCUCCGAAAUUCUAGCCAGUGUCACCGGUCUUGAAUAUGCAUAUAUGAAGGCACCAGAAUCAAUGAGGAGUUUUGUUCAAGCCGUGUUCUUAUUAACAUACGCUUUUGGAGCAGCGAUUAGUGAAGCCCUAAGCCCCAUUGCCGGUGAUCCAACAAUCUUAUGGAUGUAUGUGGGGAUUUCUAUCGCGGCACUUGUUAGCGGAUGGUUGUUCUGGUGGAAUUUUAGAAGAUUGAACGGUAUGGAAGAUCAGAUGAAUGAGUUGGAUGCUCCUUCUACCACCGAAAGGGACGAAGACGCUAGUGAAGAGAAGGGAGUGAAGAGUAGUGCACAUGUGAAAGCCGUUGAAGUCUAG